AUGAUAGUAAAUUUUGAUGAAAAAGCAUGAUUUGCGAAUGGACUCCUUUUAACAGCGCCUUCAAAACUUGAAAGAAAUUUUCUAAUAACUGAAGAAACGUCUUAUAUGAAGUAUGAAGUCCCGAAGUGCGGAAAAGUAUCAAGUAUCAUUGGAGAUAGCAAUAUAUUUUUAGUUCAUCUUUCUGAUUAUUUUUAUCCUGGAUAUGGACUUAUUCAUGUUCUGUAUUUCUACAUAUGAGGAGAGAGGCUUCCAUUUUAUGAAAAAUAUUUUUUUAAGCACAUUGAAAUUUUAGAAGUCAAAUUCCCAUAUAUAGUUUAUAUGAUACCAAAUAAAGAUGGAGUGAAUGAUUUCUAUGCAAAGAGGCUUUAA